AUGGCAAUUUGUAGGGAAUUUAAUUAUUUAGUUACUGGUUCUCAUGACUCUUUAGAAAUCUAUGAUUUGAUCACUCAUCAACCAAUUCAAGAAACAAUUCAUUUUAGUGAAGGAAUUUAUGGAAUUGAUUUUGAAAGGGAAAAUUCAGGACAGUGGAACUUGAUACUCUCCACCUGGAAUAAUUAUUUUGUAAAAUAUGAUUUCAAUAGAAUAUUGAGUGAAAAGAGUUUUGGUGAACCAAUUUUUAAAGUUCCAAUUAAAUUUGCUUGGGCUGUCAGAUGUUUUAAAACUGAACUUUAUGUCAUUGAUUAUGAUUCAAAAAUAUUUGUAUUCGAUUUGAAAUCAGGCUUAGAAAAAACAGAGAUUACUGUUGGAUUGGAAGAUGAAAUGGUGGAUAUGGUUUUCACACCAGAAGAGGAAAUGAUUGUUUGUGGAAGUAAUCAGUGGCACAUUCUCAAAUUUAAUGAAAAUUCUUCUUGUUGGGAAAAGAUUAAAAGCUAUUCGAAUGAAAAUGGACCAGUGAGAAUUAAUAGAUGUUUUGGUGUUUGGUAUGAAAGAAAGACGAAACUAAUUUAUUUGACCGAUAAUGGGGGCAAAAUAUUCAUAUUCGAUAGAGAACUCAAUCUUGUGAAGGAAAUCAAAGUAUCUGGACUCUAUGAGAUUGUAAUUAAUGAACAGAAUGGAGAAAUGUUCGUUUGUGAUAAAGAUAAAAAUCAACUAAUCAUUUACAAAUAA